UUUUUUUUUUUUUACUAUUGUAUACAAAACGUAUCGAUGAUUUCUCUUGUUCUCUCUUGGUUUUAAUUAUAACUGGGUCAGCCUUUUUAUCAGCAACGAGUGCAUCGACUCAUCGUCUGCUGCUGUCAAAAGACUAAUAAUCGUGAAUUGUAGUCUUGUUGAAGCAAUAAACACAGAGUGCAACGAGUCGAUGCGGCUAGCGAAAUCGAUGGUAGUCUACAAGGAUGGCAAAGAGUGUGCCUACCGACAGAAUUCCUACUGAAUGCCUAAGCGGAGAACUAGCUGGUGUUUGGUCAGGAUGGAUGGGCCUCGGAGAUCGAGAAAUUGUGAGAGAGGCUUCUGCGAAAGGAACGCACAUAGAAUUGGCUUACAAGUUUUUGGAGAUACGGAGACACUGUCCUAAUCAGGAGGCAAAAGUUUAUUUUUCCGAUGAGGUGGAAAUUUGGGUGAGUAGCCUACUGAAGAAGAAACAAGUUCACCGGGCAUCUCAUAUUUUGAAAAAUGUGGGAAAAAUUCCUCUUGAUUAUAUACGAGCAGCUUGUCUGAAAUGUAAGGAGCCAUCGCUAAGAGACUAUAUGGCGAAGCAUGUAGAGCUGUCGUUUAACGCAGAGGAAAGAAAAGCUUGGGAUAUCAUUAAUUUUGUUGCUAAAUACGAAGAGCAAUUUGACCUCGGAAAUGAUUUGAUCUCUCACAAGUGCCUUGAGGAGAUAAUAAAUUUACCAGAAAGUAUUAAAGAUGCACUUUAUACCGAACUUUAUUUUCAUCAUUAUGACCCAAGUAUUACUGUCUAUUUGAAAAACGACGUAGUUUGGGACUUCUUGUUAAUGAAUAAUAAAUUAGAUUUAAUAAAAUUAUGGAUUGAUUUUAACUUUAAUAAUUCAAAAGAUUUUAUUCCCAAAAAUAUAGAACAUAUAGAGGAUCUGCAGAAAUUAUUUACAAAUUUAAAAAUAACAGAUACAAUGAUUUCUUCUGUAGAAACAUCGAAUGCAAUGGUUCUCGUUAAACAAUUAGUUCUAAAUUCUUUAAGCAGAUACGGUAUAUUUGCUAAUCAAGAACGCAAUGAUGUCAAAGCAAUUUUGUCUAGAUUUUUUGAAGAAUGUAUCCCUGUGUCUGAUUUCAAUCAAAUUCUCUCUCAACCUAUGUGUAACGUAGAUAAACAAAACUUCUUUUCAAAACUCGAUAUUGUUGGACUUUCAAGAAAUUAUUCAGAAGAUAGCGAAUCUGAAACAAUCAAUAUGAAAAACAAACAACUUUUUGAACAUUUAAAAAAUAUGUGUAAUACUACAAACAAUGCGAAUGAUUUUGUAGAAGUUGGAAUUGUUGAAUCUAUUAAAUAUUUAUCUAACGAUAGCGUUCAAUUUUUAAAAGAAAAUCCAAUUAUAGCUUUCACUUUAAUAUUUCUACACUAUUCUAAGUAUAAAAAAAUUAACAAUGAAAUAACAUUAAAGGAAAUUUUUAACAACAAUGCUGGAUUAAUAAUACAAAAUUUACCAAUACCAAAAUGUGUUCUUGAUACUGUGAUAGUAAACUUACCAUAUUUAAAAAAUGAAAUAGAUUCGAAUAUGCCAAAAAAUAGUAUCACAAUGUACGAGCUUCUCGAUGGAUAUAAGAAUUUUAAUUCUAAGAAAUUUUUUAAGUGGAGACAUAAAAAUGAAGGAAUGCCAGAUUUUUUAAAUGAAAAUCUAGUGAAUAAAUUUGGUCAUAAAGAAAAAUUAACAUACAUUAAUUAUUUAAAAGAAGCACGACCAAAUAUGGCUGUACAUGCACUUCUUUUUCAACAAGAAAAGUUGGUCGCUGGAAUAUCAUCAAAAGUAAAAUCUCAGGCUUCCCUUUAUGCACAUAUAUUUGCAUUACAACAUUUAAAUGAAAUAGAAGUAGUUAGCGGUUGCAUUUCAUUUUUGGAGAUACUUGGAGUUAAUUCCGAAAUAUUGAGACUUCAUGUUACAGCUGCAGAAUUCGUUAAAAAAGAAUUGAAUACUUCCAUAGAGAGUUUAUUGAGAUCUGUUAUUUAUAAUAAUCAUCAUCACGAUCUUCAGUUGGUGUUAAGUUAUUUAGAACGUAGCUUUCAUUCCUGUUUAAAUACUAAAAUGAUUAAAGAUAGUAAUGAAUUUAUUGAUGCACUUUGUACGUGGGACGUAAUUGUGAGAUUUGCCAAAAUACACAAUGCUUCUCUGCCAAUAUCUUUACUCAAGUUCUUAGCUUCUAUCGAUGCUUGGUUUGAAUUUGUAUUAGUAGGACAUAUUUUUUCCUAUCCCAUUCAUCAAAUGCUCCAAUGUGUACAAAAUUUUGAGAGCAUUGCAUUAAGGGAGCAUUUAUUAUUAUCUUUAAACAAUAAUCAACUGCUAGAUAAGCAUUUAUUUAAUGAAAAUGAAAAUGUUAAAGACAACGGCAUUGAAGAAAACGAUAGUUUUCAAGAAUUAAAGGACCAAGUUAAAGACGUCGCCGUACGACAAUCUGCUUCGCAGCCAUUUUCGAACGAUAACAAACAAAAUUCCACAAUUCCAAAUUCGUUUACGAAUGCUGAUAGUUGCAUAGACGAUUUGUGGAUGAUUAUUUUAAAAUGCCAUCAAAGUCAAGAUCCACCGGGAGCAUUACUUAAAGCUUCUAAAACAUUCAAGUCUCCAAUUCUAACGGUUUUGGCGACCUGUUACGAACCUUCCUCGAUUUCUUCUUAUUGCUAUUCUUGGCUCAUUAUAUCCGUUGAAGAUAUACAUUUUACAAAAGAUUAUGAAGAAUGUUUGGAAAAACAAAUUUGGCCAGCUAGUACAGUUUCGAAUUUAUUUAAAAACAUGAUUUCGUACGGAUUUGUGAAAACUCUUUCUCGAGGGCUACAGAUAUUUAUGCCUGAUAAUCCGUUAAAAUUGUUUUUUGAAUUUUUAUUACAAUGUAUAGAAUAUGGAAAUUUUAAAGGUUCCGAGCAACAUUUAGACGAUUUUAUAAAUGACUGUUUAAAUUAUAAAUGUAAUAGAAUGAUUAAUUGGGAAUGUAGUGACGGAACAUAUUUGGAAAAUAUUUUUUGGAUCCAAACCAUAGUUGUAAAAUGUAUUAUUGUAACUCUUGGACAAGCACUACAAAGUACUCUCUUACAAUUAGAAUUCCUCAAUAUUUUAAUUAAAUUGGAAUUCCGUAAAAAAUUAAUAGUGAAUGCGCCAGAUUUUGAGGCAUUACGGGAAUAUACAAGAAUAUUGUCAGAGACGAGUCUUAGCUUGAAUUUUUCACGUUUCGAUACGACUGUACAAAUAUACGAAUCCGAAAUAGAAAUUGAAAAAUGCGUCAAUGAAUUAGUUAGAUUGGAAGAUUAUGGAAAUGCAUUACAACUUUCAAAAGCAGCAAAUUUAAAAGUUUCAAAAAUUAUACUUGCCCAAUAUCAAAGUGAAUAUAAACAAAAUGCAGAUAAAGACGGCAUAGUUAGUUUUGGCUUCUGGAGUCGCUGUGCUACUGAUUUUAAGAAAUACGAAGUCCAUUACGAAAAGGCUGCGGAAUUUUUCGUUGAGCAUGCCGAAAAAGUAAAAUCUCAUAAAGAAAGAUACGAAAUUCUCAAGCUAGCUUUAGAAAUAUUAGAAGAGAACUCGAGAGAUCGUCAAUUAUGUGAUACUGUGGAAAUGGCAAUGUGGAAAUCAUGCAUAUUAGCUGGACCCGAAAAUAUAGAAAUUAACACCAAUGAUAAGGUGUAUAAAAAAUUAAAGACUGAGCUUUUAUCUAGCAUUAGCGAAUUGAAAGUGACAUGUUCACUUACAGAGCCUACCGAACAAAUUGCCAUUGAAGUUUUAAUUGGACGUUUGUUGGAUGCUGGGAGAUUAGAUACGGCAUUUCGAAUCGGGGCAAUUUUCAAUUGCAAAAAUAGGGAAUUGCAAGUACUGAUGUUGUGUUUAAGUUUAGCCGAAGGUGAAAUUUUACCGCAACAAUUAACCGAUAAGCAACGAUCGUUACUUACCGAAUCGGAAAAGCCAAGACAAAGAAAUACUGCGUUACGAAGUCGAGGACUUCAACAAUUGCCAUCAUUGUCUUCGCUUAGUUUAUCUUCAUCGAAUGCUAAUUUAAGUAGCGUAUCCGAUGCAAUAAGUGCAUCGAUUAUCGUGGAACAACAAGAGCAAUUAGAUUGCUUAUCCUUAUUAACUAACCUAAUAGAAACUCUUAAACAUGGUGUUAAUAUUGGAAUCCGAAUACUCUUAUGUUAUCGUUUAGCACUUCAAUUGGGAAAAAGCUAUCAGGCGCUUCUGACGUUGAAAAAUCCCAUGCAAUUUCUUCAAGAAAUAAUUAGCAGCUCGUGUGAUCGUAAGCUUGAAAUAACUCGAGAUAUAAUUACUGCUUAUCAAAUAGAGAAUCAACAGAUCGCCUGCUUUUUAGCCGAAGAGAUUGUUGCACACAUUACACAAAUAAUUGAAGAUGGCUUCAAUGAGCCAACGACUGCUUGGAAUUAUAACAUAAAUUUACAAUCCAUAAUAGAACUUUGCAAGGAUUCGUCUCUUCUCGGUUUGAAGCUUCUCGAUAUGGCACAUAAAUUGCUCGGUCACUCCCAUGGAGAAAACAGAAAUCUCGUUAUAUUAAAGAUUAUUGUUGAACUAUUGAUUAGAUCACACGAUUGCUUUACUUCAUCAUGUAAUAUGGAAGGCAUUGCCUCGGUUCUCAGAAAAUGUCAACAGCUUGCGAAUUCUCUUCAAAACUUGAAACAUUGGAGUUUAUUGGUUCGUUUAGUGACCGGGGUCGGGCGAUUUACGGAAAUGAAUUAUAUAUUUCAAAUACUGAAGGAGCACGAUCAAUUUGAGUUUUUACUCGGCAGAGGAUUGGAUAAAGUUCCUGGAUUAAGGAUGGCUCUCUUAGAUUUUUUAAAACGCCAUUGUCCUGAAAACAAAGAUUUAUUUAACAUCGUAGCAUUACAUUUUCGACUUUAUUAUGAGAUUGCGCUUAUGUGGGAAAACGAAGCAAAAGAUAUUAUAAAUGAUUUAGUGAGCGACACCAAGAAAGAAUGUGGAAGAUCAUUAUCUAAUCCACAGGUUGAGCUUAAAUUUACUAAGAAUGAAUCGACGGAGAAGAAAUUACAAUUGAUAAUUGCAAAUUUCACACAUGCAACUCAAUAUUUCCUUCAGGACAACAAGCUAAAUUUAGCGAAUCGCUGCUCGCAUCAGGCCCAGCUGGUAGCCCUGCAGAUCUCCCUUCUGAACGGCUCGAGCGCGAACCAGCAAUUCCCGUGCCUCCUGAACUUAAGCAACGACGAGGUCAGCAGGACGAUAACCCAGCACCUGAGCUUCUCACAGACACUGGUGCUCGCUCGCGCCUACGAGCACCACAUCGACUGGGCGAGCGCCAUCUAUUCGCACUGCCUCGUUAACGGCGAUGCCAAGUACCUCAAGGAGUUCGUCGCCUCCAAGUGGUUCACGCCGUCGGUCGCCAUCGACUGCGCCAAGAGGUACAAGCUCGAGAAGAGCGCCACCAAGCCCGCAACUGAGAAUAUGCGAGCGCUCGUCGCCAAGAUCAACGACACCGAGUGCAAGUACGCCCUCGCCCGUCAGCUCGGCUUCAACAACAUCGUCGACGAGAUGCUCGAGGAUCCAGCCGUUGGGACGUAUCUCAAGGACACCGUGCUUAUGAAGCGAUACGUCAUCUCGGAAUUCAUGAGCGAGAGUUUCCUGAGCAAAUGAUGAGACCGAGCGAGUCUCUUAACAUCUUUAUUGAAAAGAUAGUUGACUCGCGGCACUCCAAUCUUCUUUUUAUAUCGCCUUGUCAAGAAUUAAUUUUCGUUACUUUCUUUAAUCACUUGAAAGUCCAAUGAGAUUCAAUCAUUUUAUAUAAUAUUGUCGAGGCUGAGACUUAUAGUGAUACGAUGAAACUUCAACGAUUGAUUUUAAUUGUCAUUUUGAUUGGUAAAUUAUCCAUUCAAUUAACAUAAUGAUGUUAUUUCCUUUUGUCUUGUAGCUUUACGUAAUUUUACACGUGACUUUUUAAACCGUACUUAUGCGUA